UUGGGAGGAACAGAGGGAGAGGCUGCUGAGCUGGAGGUGCCGGUAGGGUUCACUCACUGGCACCUCCCACCAGCACCUCCACGCUGGCGGGCAGGGCUGAGGCCAGCAGGGGGGCUGGGGAGGGCUGGGCUGGAGGGGUAAAAAGGAAGGCCUCAGGGCGGUGGGAGGAGAAAGGAAGAAAUGCAGAAGCUAGGGGCCAGGCUACAGCCUAGAGUGACAAGUCACACCUCCUUACCCCCAUCUUUUUCUCUUCACCCCCCCCAACAGUAACCCUGGCAACAGCUCCCCUGACUGAGGAGGCGGUUACCAUAGCAACCUGCUCCAGACACUCACCCGCUGCCUCCAAGGCCCCCCAGAAUCGCCCCACCCACCAGCAACCCCUCCCCCUGUCAAAAAAAAAAAAAAAAGAAAGAAAGAAAGAAAAAGAAAAAAACACUCCAAAACAAGCAUCAGGGAGAGGCUGCCUGGCUGUGACAGUAAGCAGCUCAGAAGAAGGGGCCGGAGGGGGUCGGAAGGUUGGAGCUCGUGUGUUCUAGCUUCCAUUCUUCCCCAGAAGCAAAGGGGACCCUCACUCCCGACUCCCCACCACCUCACUAAUAACUCAUUUUGGAAAAAUGCCUGGGUGCUUGGUCUAAUGGUCCCCUGGUCCCUCUGUGCCCCCCUGUAUUCAGUCCUUAGGGCUCGGGUGGGCGGGGAGGGGAAGCAGUGAGCGCGCCCCCCCCCCCCCCCAUGGAGCCUGGUUUCUCCCUUGAUUGCUGCUGGGCCUCCACGCAGCCCCCUCUCCUAGCCUUUGUGCUGCGCCCGCAGCCCCCGCGCCCAAGAAUACCAAGCGGCCGGCUCUGGCCCCCUGCCCAGUUCCCAGGCUGGCUGGGUGGCAGGGGAAGGGGUUUAGAUGCAGCUCUGGGAGAGUGGCAGGAAAGGGGCUGCCGCUCCUGCUUGCGUCACCGUCCGGCUGGCACUACCUUCAGGACGGCCUCCCACAGGGGGCUGGGCAAGGCUGGGCCUCCCUCGCUCGUGGAGAUCUUCAGGUGGGAAGGGAGAGAACAUUCAAGGCCCUCCCUGCACUCACUAGGUAGAAAGUGUGUCUAAGGAAGAAGGAAGGUCAAACAUUAGGAUGAACUUUUUGGAUGAGAUAAAAUGUAAGGCUCUAGUAGUGAGUUUAAAAGGGGCUCCCCCCCCAACAAUGAAGAAAUAUUUCUUUUAUAAUCAGGAAAGUAAAGCACUUUAAAAAGUACAUUAUAUCAUAAACUCUGUGGCUAGACCAAGGAGCUAGAUGACCUUGUACUUCACUGAGACUGCCCACAAAUCACCCCAACAGUGGGCUGGGAAGGCAGCAGAGAGCAGGGGGCAUCUGGUCUAGAUGCAGAGAAACUGAGGCAGAGAGGCAUGGCAUCGUAAGGGAGGCAUGGACCCAGAAGUCCCCAUUCCCAGCCCCCUACUUGGGCCAGAACAAACAAGCCUCCCUUGGUGGCAGGCACCGUGACACACACACACAAUGAGCCAGGCAGCAGGGCCAGCAGGACCCCCACAAGAAGCAGGCACUCCCAGGCAUGCUCACUUGCACACCCAGGUGCAAGCAGACAGAAGGGCCCAGCGGUGGCCCUGCCAGCCUCGGCCAGGAACAAUGCUCUCGGACUGUCAGCACCAGGAACCGUCUCUGCCUUGAAAUCUAGGUCACAGCAGCAGGCUCUGGAGCCCAACCCCCCACCCCACUGAUAAUCCCGGGACAGGAAAGGGGGGGUGAUGGGGAGGGGUCCAGGCAUGAGGAAUUAAUGGGGGGUAAGGAGAGCUUAAAAGGAAGGGGUAGCAGGGUGCCCCCAAGAAGACCCUGCCCCUUGGGGGGAGACCUGGGACCAAGCCCUCAGCUGGAAAAUGGGACAGCAAUUUAGAGUCAUCCUGUGCUGUUUUCACGUGGAGGAAGAGAUUGUAACUAGAUCUUGGGGAAGGAAAGUAUGUGUGUGUCUCUCUCUCCUGAAAGGAGUUAAGUGUAUGUGUGUAUCUUCUAGAAUGAGUUAAGGUUUAGGGCUCUGAAUCUAAAACACAGACUUCCAGGGCGGGGGUGGGGGGGAGGGAUUAAUGUGUGUGAGUGAGCCACCCACAAAGGCUGGGGGGCGGUGGGUAGGAGCUUUCUGAGAGCAUGAGGCACACACAAGGAGGCCCCCAAGAGGACCGGGGGUGGGAAUGUCGCCAGCGCCGUGCGCGUGGAUGCUGCGUCCCGGGUGUGGGCACAGGCACAGGGAAGAGGCAGUGGCGGGCAUCUGCGCGGGCGUGUGCAUGUGCGUGUUCUGGGCAUGGGUGUGUACGUGCCAGCACUGGACGUGCGGUGGUGCGAGUACGUGCUCCGUGUGUGUGUGUGUGUGUGUGUGUGUGUGUGUGUGUGUGUGUGUGUGUGUGUGUGUGUGGCAGUGAGAGCAUGUGGAAGGUCUGUAAUCACUGGACGUGCGGUGGUGCGAGUACGUGCUCCGUGUGUGUGUGUGUGUGUGUGUGUGUGUGUGUGUGUGUGUGUGUGUGUGUGUGUGUGUGUGUGUGUGUGUGUGUGUGUGGCAGUGAGAGCAUGUGGAAGGUCUGUAAUCACAGGCUCACAUCCAGAGAAGAGGGGAAGGGUGAGGAGACCCUGCAGAAUGGAGGGAGGGCUGGGGCUGGGAAAGGGAAGGAGGCUGCAAAUGAGAUCCUGGGGGGAGGGCCCGGGACUCUGCGGUUACCACGGCAACCUCAGUUCUGAGUGCCGCCCCCCCACCGGUCAGGACAAUGACACCACUGGAUGGGAGGGGUGUGGGGAGCGAGUGAGGAAGAAGGGACAAGCAGCGGAGUAGGGCCCCCUGAGCAAGCGGGGGCAAGGCAGCCUGGCUGCUCCCUCCGGAGCGGUCGCCGCCACCCAGGCCUGGGUGUGGCUGCAGGGGCAAGGCCAGUCCCUUGGGGCAUUUUGGGGGUACAAGGAAGUGCAAUCUCCUACGCGGCGGCUCUUGGGUCUCACCGAUCAAUCAUCGUCCCUGGGGUGGUGUGGCUGUGGUGGAGCUUGGCUCCUUCACCCUCCACCACCCUCCCUUUCCUCCCGUUGAUUCAGAAUUCCUUCGGGCCCAUGAAGAAGGCUCCUCCCUUCGUAGCCCAGAAAAGUCUUCCUGACCUCCGGAGCGGUGCGAGGCUGCCCAGGGAGCACACCAGGCAGCCUGGGCGGAGGCCAUUCUUGGAACAGGAUACCAGGGCAGGAACCGGGACGGGGCUGAGGCUGCCAGGAAGUCAGUCCCCUUCCCUCCCGGGUCAUUCGUGCUCUGCUCGCUGCUUCCUCACACCUUCCUUCCUUCCUUCCCAGCUGGCCCCAGGUGGGGCCCUGACAAAGGCGGAACCAGCUGGGGAUGCUGGGGAAGAAGGGCAGGAGGGCAGGAUCUCACAGGCUGGUCUUUGGGGGUCGGAGCUGGGAGCAACACAGGUGGGUGGUCCGUGGGCACUGGGGGAGGAGGGAGCAGGCCCCGGGGCCCUCCGGGAGGCCUCGCCCCAACGGGACAACCACCUGUGCAGGAGGAGGGCGCACCACAGACCUGCCGUGCUUCCUGACCAUCCCCUCUCCCCUGAGGAUGAGGAGCCCCUGCCCCUCCCCGCUCCCCGCUGCUUGCUGGCUACCUGCGGCCGAGGGGAGGGCCGGCCCACGGCAGGUGUGGAAGCCCCAGCACGGGCAGGAGGGGUCAUGCUGCCUGGGUUCCGGGGUGGGGCGGUGAUCAAGGAGAGGCAGAGGAGUGGGUGGGGAGAGCACAGGGUGCCCAUUUUAAAUUCUACCCGGGCCCCAAGUUCAAGCAGUCCUCUAGUUCGUCCCUAAUUAUUCCCUUAAUACCACACUCAGCUGACUACUUCUUCUCUUAGCUUCCAUUCAGCUUUGGGUGGGGGGCAGGGAGUGUCUUUAUUCUGUAACAAAGGAAGGAGGCCCUAAGACUCAGCCAGCCUGGGAAUGAGGGGAGGCAGGAUACCUGGGCCUCAAAAUGUUCAGCUCAGUCCAAGAAGCAGGACGGGUUGGCCCUGGGCACAGAGACGGUGCUGAGCCUUCAGCGCUUAGUCUAAGAGGAGAAAGAUGGACCCAAGGAUCAGCUUCCUCCGCGAAGGCCACGAUGUGAAUUCCGUCCAUGUCGUCCUCCUGUUGGGGGCAGCGAGGCUUAGCCGCGCUUUCUGAAGUUAGGGAGCCACACACACCCUACAUCUUCCCGGAAUUUCGUGGAACUCCAGCUUCCGGAUCAGUUGGGUGUUUUCGGCGCAGCCCUCAUCGCGGGACUGGGCCCUAAGUGGUUAAGGGCAGAAGUGUUGGCGUCAGACAGACCUUGGCGUCCUCAUCGGUGAAACAGGGUGGGUGCUAAGAGUCUGCUUGUUGUGUGAGUUGCUGGACGGUGUGCACAGGGCGCUCGUCCCACCGCGGGGCACACCAUGCUGUCCCUUAACACACAUGGUUUGGUUUUGAUUUCCAACAGACUUCCUCAGCAUUUCUCUCUGCUCUGCAUGCUUUGGGCUCAGCCCCCGCAGAGGUGUGACCAGGCCCUGCCCUCCAGGGCAAAGUGGACCAGCUCACAGAGCAACAGCCAGCACAGGACCCAAGGGGAAGGGGGAGCCACGUCUGACGGUGGCCGGGAGGGGUGAGGGCCCAGGGCACCUCCGACUCCUCCACCUGACGCGCAGCAGGGAGCCUGGGCCCAGCUUCUCAGGCUCCGGACGCCGGACCUUGGGGAAUGUCUGUCACCCUGGGCAGAGCCUGGGUGCGAAAGGGCAGGGUGCUUCACCUAAAGUCAAGGCUACAGGAUCCCAAAUGAUGGGACGGGGUCAGGAUGCCCGAGGGCAGGUUGUGGAGGCAGGGACCAGCUUCCGGUGCCCAGAGGAAGGCGGGGUGGCCGGCCGGCAUUCGCCACUCACCCUGGGACGCUUCCCAGGUCCCGUCUGGACCCCGGGUUCUUCGUGGAUGAACUAAGGCCUUUUCUAGCACUAAGUUCCAUGAGGAGUCCAUGUGCCAGUCUGGACAAGGGUGCUGUGGCCCCUCUCGAGGCUGGGGCUCCACCGCCUCUCCCUCACCUCACCCGAGCCUCCCUGCUCUACCUGUCCUGUCUUUGCUUUCCCUCGGGUCUUUGGACUUUAAGUCGGGGCUUAGCCCUCGAGGGGCAGGGAUGCUCGAUUCGGACCCCCUCCCAGCCUCGACUCGGUCCCUGAAAGACCACCCUGCCCGGCUCCUGUGGAGACACCGUCACAGUAAUCCCCUCUUUCCAGAAACCAGACAGACACAUCCAGCCAGGUGAGAGCCAUUGCAAACGUUUAUUCUCUAGACUGGCUACUGAUUGAACAGGACGGCG